AUGAGUUUGAACAAACUCUUUCACCAAAUCCUCCUGACAGAACAACAUUUUAGUGAGCAGACUCAAAAGUUAAAAGAAGUGAAAGCAGCCAUCAUUGAAUGCAAGUCUCAAGUGAAAGCUGCUGUAGAAAAGUACCGGAAGACCACGGAAGAACUUGAAGUGAAGGAUCAGCAGUUGUCUGCGAUGAGGCUGCAGUGGGACUUGAUGAAGAAAUGUGAUGAGCAGAUAUCUAAGCAAAGCAAGGAGCUUCUCAGCCAGAAGGCUCGGCUGCAAGAACGACUGGCCAGGAUGAUGGCAGCCUUGAAAGACGAGGAGCGAGAGUUCCUGCGGGAGAUCUUGAGCUUCAACUGUGAUUUUAGUUUCCACGUGAGCAGAGAGACACCCUGUCAAACUCACACGGAGGUCCUCAAGCUGGACUUGGAGGUGGACUCAUUGUACAAAGAAAUGGAGGACAUGAGCCAGGCUAGCUGCCACAUGAGCGACUUACUGUCACAGAGGAGGAAUCUCAAGCUUGAAGCGCAGGCCCUCAAAAGCACGCUUGCAGUCUCGGAGCGGCGGCUGAGUGAGGCCAAAGAAAUGACAGCGGCUCUGCGGGCCCACAACCAGGCUGUCGGUCAGAAAGCCUUCACGGAUGAUGCCAUCGUCACGUGA